AUGGACGCAACCCCUCGUCCGGCCAGAGGCCAAAAUGCCGCCUGUACCACGUGCCGAAGUCGAAAAAUUGCUUGCGAUCGCCGCCGCCCUAGUUGCGGCUUUUGUCUGAACAACCAGUUUGAAUGCGAGUACGCGGCCACGCGACGGCCCGGUGUCCGAGCCGGCUAUAUUGCCAAACUAGAACGUCGGCUAGUUGAGCUGGAGGAGCGGGUGCAGAUGCUAGAGAGCAGCCCUAAAGAUACUCGUGCUUCUGAUAGGCACUUCUCGGACCCAACUGUGGGUGAGUCAGGAAUGGACUUCACACAGAUUAUCUAUUCUCAAGAAAAUGAUUCAGGCCGAAGCACUGGGCCUAUUUUUGCCUCUUCUAAAAGAGCCAGUCCUGUCGACAACACACAAAGUGCAAACAGUGCUCAAUUUGAUCCUCUUUCAUAUCCGGUACUAUCUGAACUCUGCUCAAUCUGGUUCAAGAAGUACCAUCCCUGGUUUCCGAUCCUCCAUCAGCCUUCUUUGACUGCAAGUUUACAAAACCUGGGAGGGUCCGAAACAUUGAGCCACUAUCUCGUCAUUAAGGCAAUCUGUGCCGUAACCCUGAUUCACUACGAAUCGCAUUUGGUGGGACCUCAUGAGCAGCAACAUUGGUCUGAUACUUUACGAGAUGAUGUCUGCUCACAAGCUCUCAAGUCCCUUUCUCUGCAAUCAGUCCAGGCUUUGUUGAUUCUCUCCAAUCUCGAAUAUGGAGAAGGUCGAUUCGAACAGUUUUGGAAUUUAAUCGCCUUAUGCAAGCGCAUGGCUUCUCAGCUGGGUUAUGGACAGUUAGUGAAAAAGCAGGUGGACCACAUCAACUCGUCUACAUCUGUGCCUCCACGCCUACAUCCUUUGUCCACGACGAUCAUCGAUCGGGAAGAACGAAUUCGAGCACAUUGGAUGUCUGAGAUGCUGGACAGUAUGUCAACAGUAGGCGUAGAUUGGGAUACUGGUGCUUCGCCUCCUAUGUCAAAUGGCAUAUUGCCCUGCAGUGACUCUCUUUGGGCAUUUCCUGAGCACAUCAUUAACAUUUGGUCUUUCGGCCAAUUCCGUUAUUCCUCGGCAUUUUCACUGUGCAUAAUCCUCGCAACCAACGAGCUAUGGUUUGUCCAUGGCUUUUUGCAGAAACCGUGGGACUUGAGUGUGCCACACGACCGCAGCCUAUGGCAGACUGAAGCUCAAAAAAUUGACGAACGUUUAACAGCGUGGCGCGAGGAGUUUGUGGCAGCGGUGUACCGGCUGAUCAAUGCAGAAUUUGCGGAGGAGGAACGCGCAGAGAUGGAUCCUAAUAUUGUCUUAACUAAUUGUGUGCUAGACGAGGCCGUCAUCCUGCUGUUCCAGCGAAUGUCGACAAUUCCGCGAGAAAUCGACCCAUCUGCAGAGCCAUGGCAAUAUGCAACAAAUCGAUGCAUAUAUGCCUGUGACAACAUGGUCUUCAAAGUGCGGCAAAUGACAGAUGAAGAACUCAGCGUCAGCAACCCGCAUUUGGUCCUUUGCUUUUUCACUGUCGCACGUUUUUAUAUUGUUUAUGCAAAGACGGUCAAUGCCGACGUCCCUAGUGGUGUUCGGUCAAUGGCCUAUGCACUGCUCUGCUCCGGAAAACGAUGGCCUCUAGCUCUCCGGUACGAGAGCAUUAUACGCACCGCGAUAUCGGAACAUAGAUCGCUGAUUUCAGUUUCAUCGCUCCCCUCUCGCUUCUAUGACCUUCGUUACUCUACGUUAAACAUUAAGGAUGAUCUGCGGGCCUGGUACGAAGAUGGGCUUCACAUGACCCCCGACAUAACUGUAUGA